AUGACAAAGCAUCUGCCUACUGAGGGGUCGAAAGCUGCAGCAGAAGCCAUCGACGCGGCGUUGACCUCCACUGCCGAAUGCUCAAACAGUGACGGAGCCGCGCAGUCUCCCGUCUGCCAGACUCCUCGCUACGAGCAUAAACAAAGCCUGAUCAAAGUGCCAGAUUCAGGUUACGGAUCUACCAUCGACUCACCAGAACUGAGCCAAGAGAACGGAAGCACAUCAUUUCUCAAGGACAAAGCGAAAAAUAUCAAGAAAAGCUUGUUUCCAAGGGAAAAGAAGGUAUUGAAACAAUACAGCAGGACUCUUACGACAAUUGAGCAAGCCCGUUUCGCUGAUCUACGGGUCUUGUUUGGUUAUGCGCUAUCAGAACUGUUGCUCAGGCAGAAGAGGAGUUCGGCUGCAGUCGAGAUGAGAAUUGCCGUCAUGGGUGAGACGGAAACAUCUGCACGACCGUUCAUUCUUGUUGCUUGCCAAAAGCCAAUCCUCAAGCUUGUCAAACAAUUCUUUGCGCAAAAAGACAUCAAAGACGAACUUAGUCCGUCGAAUAAGAUAUGGCCCAGAUUUGAGGUACUUAUCCGAGAACAGUUGGAAUUGUUUUCCGGGCAUGGUCCGAUCACUGCAUGGACGCAAUGCGACAGCGCCCUAAACCCCGAUCCAUACUCCAAAAAGUCCAUCCUCAUCAUGAUGGAGGAAGGCUCAAGAUUUGCAACCCUCGGAGGAACGUUGCAGGCCAAGGGACCCGACGGUCAGAUCCGUCAGUACGGACUGACUGUGGGCCACUUCGAAACUGCUCUUCAUGAUUCUCCGGAAGAAAGUUCUGUUGAACAGACGGGCUCCGAUUCGGUUGACGUGCAGAGCGAGAGUUCCCUGGAAUCUCAGGACCAGCGCCAAAAUGUGGUUGACGACACACUCGAACCAGGUUGCUUACGCGAUCCAUUCGCGCCUGACGAUGAUGACGACGAUGACUACGAGAUCGACGGUUGGCAGACGUCGCCUGACGCUCCUCGAGUAGAGGCACAAGAGCAUCAAGAGCCUACUUCAUUUGGCGAGUAUGUUGGCGCGGUGUUCAUGCACACUUUCACAGACUCCAUGCGUUUGAAACCUGACAACAGAGACUGGGCUCUGAUUGAACUUUCAAGCCAGUACUGGGCGGGUGCGUUCGCGUAUUCGGAUUUGCCGCCGCCUCCCCCGCCUAUCAGUGUGGCCAAAGAAGAUAGCAUCGCCGCAGGACAACUCAAAGAUGUCACCGUGGCUCGAGCAGGAGCAUGUGGUAUCCGCGGCAAAUUGUCGAAACAGGAGAGCACUAUCAUGUUCGGGUCCCAAGGUGCGUUUGCUGACCUGUACACGCUAUCAGGACUGGCAGCUCCAGGCUUGAAGGCGGGCGACAGCGGUGCCUGGGUUUACGACAGCCAGACUUGUGAGGUUUACGGCCAUGUGAUCGGUCAAGGCCUCUUUGGCGACGUUCUGGUGAUGCCCAUGCACGCGAUCGUUAGGGACAUUCAAGAGUCGCUGGGUGCCAGUGGAGUGUGGCUGCAACCCCUUCCAUUCGAGCAAGUCGUUGGUGCAGAUAGCUACAACGUCUUGUUCCCGACCCCAUACUUGGUCGGUGGCACCAGUACUCAGGCCACCAACAUCAAUCAUCACUUCGACCUUGCCACACAAGCUUCCUUGAUCAGAAUGUAUGGCCACGAGCUGGACUGGUCUCUAUUCACACCAAGUCAGAUGGGCUCCUCGCACAAUAUAACGCCAACGGCGCCUGUCAUGACUAGCAAACGACAAGUCAACGACUCGGCGUACUGCUCACCAGAGGUGACUCCGAGCAACUCAAUGAACUCGACACCUCAACGCACUCCGACCGCAUCUCUGAAGCGUCACCAUCCGGUUGAAUCAGAGCCGGCAAGCAAGCGACUUCGCCGGUGA